AUGUCCCCCUCCCGUGUUAUCGUCCUACCCACCUGUUCGAUCUGCCGAGAUGACAGUGCUGAUCUCGACAUCAGUGCCACCACGUGUGGACAUGUCUUCCACACGAAGUGUAUACGCGAAUGGGAUACCCUCCAAGUAUCACAAGGCAUCGCCACGAAGUGUCCGAUCUGUAACUACAAUAUGAGAACACUGAGCUGGAUUACAUUACAAAAGCUCCAUUCACUGACUGCACGAGAAAUCCCCGAUCAACCCCUCAUCGAUCUGACAGACACAGCUCGGGUUCACUUACAAGAAACGCUUGACGUUCUGCAGGGACAAAUCAAGGCCGACAUGGCAGAACGCGUAACCAAAUCGUUUGCGGAGCUCGGAAUUGAAGAUAUUAAGCUCCAACUGAAUCGCUGGGAACGUGACGCGGAACUGCAAGCUCGCCUUGUAGAGGUUGCCAAACUGGAAAAGACAGUUGACGAGCUGAGCAAAAACAAUCAGUUGCUGAAAGAUGAGAAAGCCAAAUUAUACCAACAAUCUGUCGAAGAUCACAAGACGAUUCGAGACAGUCAAGCAUCGUUAAACCGCCUCGAGCUACAGCACGCUGAACUUGCAGUGUCCAACGCACAUUUGAAAGCCCAAUUACAAGAAACCGUCAAGGCAUUUGAUGACUUAAAACUGGCUGAUUCAGUUUACCAAAGAAGUUUGGACGCAGCAAGCAAAACGUUUGAUUCAAUAAGAAAAUGA